AUGGUUGGUAUAAAUGAGGAAAGUGAAGAAUCAGGAAUAGAUGAUGAAAUUACAAGUAUGUUGAAGACUCCAAUUACACCAAUAGUAACCCCAGACAGGAAAGUAGUAAGCAAAAGUUUUAAAAUGGAAUUAGAAGAUGUAAGUGAGGAGGAGUUUGAUUUCUCCGAAGGGACUCCAUGUCAAGAUGAGAUAGAUCCAAGGUUAAAUAGAAGUAAGACUGAUAAGAAGAAAGAAACUGGAAGUGAAACAUUCUCGAGUGAUUCAGAGUCUACAUGUAGUACAUCAAGUGAAAGUAGCAGUGACGAUACGUCAGAAACGUCAGGAAGUUCAAAGUCGGGAGCAAGUGACAGUGGAAGUUUAAGGAUUAAGAAGAAGAAAAGAUCAUGGUCAAAAUUCAAACUCUAUGACUCAUCCGAGAGUGAAAGUGAAAGUGAAGGGGAUUAUCCCAGUAAUAUUAAGAAGAAGAAACAAAGUGUAAAAGAAAGUAGUGAUAGGAGGGUAGUGCAGAAAGGGACUGAAAAAGGAGCAAAAAGAAGCCAUGAAAUUGAGAGUAACGAGCAGAGAGAGAAAAUCAUAAAGAGGAAGAAAGAGAAUGUUAAUGACACAACUGACAGAGAAAGUACAAAAUGCAAAGAUGAAGAACGUGUUAUUAAAACAAACAAGAAUGUGGCAGCACAAGGCAAAGAUAAAUAUGGAAACCGAAAGAGUGUCCACAGUAAUCAGAAUUCUAAAACAGAAAAGAGUGAAAGGUGUGAAAAGAGGAAAGAGAAUAAAAGUGACACUGAUAGAAAUGACAAGUCCAAAAGUGGAGAAAAAGUUCCCAAUAGUGCAAAAGUUAGUAAAGGCAAAGAGGUUGAAUACAAGGUCAGGGACUUAGAAAAAGCAGAAAAUAGUGAACCAAAGAGUUUAAAUACGGACAAAGAUAAGAUUAGGAAAAAGGAAGAUACAGAUAACAAAAUCGAACAUAUAAAAAGCAAUGGAAGUUCAAAAUCAUCAAAGCUGACAUCAGAAAAGAACACUGGGAAUCAUCCGGAAAGUAGUAAGUCCGAUAAAGCACAGACAAAGGGUUGUACAGAGAAUAGUAAGGAGAAUGAUGAUAAGAAUACUGAAAAGAAAAACUACACUAAUGAGAAUAAGAAAAGGCAGGAGGAUAAAGAGAAUAGGGAAGGAGAAAAUUCACAGAGGAAAGAUAAAAGUAAUAAGUGUAAUGGGACAAACAGUGAAAGAAAAAUUACGAAAGUGCUGCCAGACAAACAAAAGGAAAGAAAUACCGAGAUAAAAACGGAAGUGAAACGUACAGCAAAAGAUUCGAAGGAAGAAAAGAAAAGUCAAACAAGUGCUGAGAUAUGUAAUACUAGAAGUAAAAGUGAAUUAAAUAGAGAAAAAGAAGUUACAGUAAAACUUGUGAGUAAUGUCCCUGCAAGUGAAGCUGAUAAUAGUGAAAUUGGUACAAAGUGCAAAAGCAAUGAAGGGAUAAGUGACUCAGGUUUGGGAGAAAAGACACAAGAUGAGAAACACAAUGAUAGUGAAUGUGGCCAGAAUGAUAAAGGAAAAGUGAGAAAUGAAAAGUCAGAGUCAAAUAUAACUAAAGAGUGUAGUGUGCGCAUUGAAAAGAUAAAGCUCAAUGCUAUCAGUUUUAACAAAGAGAAGUUGUUUGAGAAACAGAAUGUAAGUGAUCCAGAAGAUAAUCCUAAGAGCAAUUCAGUGAAAGUUGUAAAUGAAAAAGGUGACGCUUCAGAAGAAAAAGAAAUAGCGAGUGAUACUAAGGAGUCCCAUGAAAAUGACAUUGAUAAUCAAAAUGAAAGUGGAGUUACUAAUGAUACAGACCAGACCGAUGAGUGCACGAGCACUGGUUCUAUCCUGGAAGAUAAAUCAAUAAUUCCCGAAAUGCAAAAGACCCAGAAAGAAAGGAUCAUCCUUAAUAUUGGAGGGCAAAGGUUUGAGACCUCUCGUGUGACAUUACAACAAGACCCCAACUCCUUGCUGGCCAAAAUUGUUGGACCGGAUGGAAUGACGCCAAUAUAUGGCAACCAAUACUUUAUUGACAGGGACCCUGCUCAUUUCCGAUUCAUAUUAAAUUUCCUACGAAAUGGAGCCUGUGACCUUAGAACUUUACCACAUGAUGUUCGUUAUCUCUACGAAAUGUAUUAUGAGGCAUGUUAUUAUCGCCUCCCAGGUCUAGUGAACGCAACAAUCGCGAAGAUAGAGGAGUGUAGUGUGGUUGGUGCAAACGUUAUGCCAAUGAAGGCUUAUAAAUUGGGACGCUAG